AUGAAUGAGCAAGCAAAUGACAGUUUUGCGAAGGUUGCCCGACGGAUAAAGAAGUAUGCUAAUAAAAACAGAAGGGAUGUGGAAUUUCAGGUUGGGGACAAAACCUUAUUAAAAUUUACUUCCAAGAUUCGGAAAAAGAUUAGUAGUAAGACCGUGCAUCGUGGGCUGGUUCAAAAGUAUGAUGGUCCCUUCGAAGUAAUCAAGCGUAUUGGGAAUGUAGCACAUCGACUGAAGCUACCUGAUCGUUUGAAGGUUAAUCGUACUUUCCAUGUAAGUUAUCAGAAAUCCUUUAAUGAAAGUUUGGUGGGAGAAGAUCGGUUGCAAGCCAAGAGGGCUACUCCUAUGGUUAGAAAACAAUAUGAUAAGGAGGUGGCAAAGAUCAUGGGUCAUUGA